AUGGUUUCACAGUAAUCUAUUAAGGAUUUGGCAUCUACGAAAUUUAAAUGUCUAGUUUUUAAGAACACAUUGAGCAAAACUAGGGGUAUAAUUCAACAAAUGCCAUUAUGUAUUAAAUUAUAUAUCAAUUAAUCAUAGAUAAUGUUAAAAAAAAUGUAAGAAAAAUUUUGUAUCAAAGUCCAAGAUCUCUUGCUCCUUUAGUUAAAGUUUCACUUUGGAACAAAAAUAUAAGAUUCUCCAUUUAAUUUAUAAUACAUAAUAUACUCGAUUGAUUGGAUAAAAUCCAGUAUUGAAUCAGAUGAAACAUUGAAACCUUUGAUUACAAUAUCAGAUUAUACUCAUAGCGCAAAUUAAUCAAAGAGUCAAAUAUUUUGCAAUAAGCAAGUUUCAAUUAAUGUCAUUGCAACUUACUAAGUCAUAAUAAAUAAAGAUGUGAAAAGGCAUUAUAAUGAUGGAAUAGUUAAUUAAAUGAAGAAACAAAUAUUCAAUUCAUUUUUUAAAUCUAGAUAUUUCUAGCAGAUAUAAGCAUCAGUGAUAAUAAAUUAAUGUUUGGUGACUAUGAACCUGCCAAAGUAACGCCUUAUCCCUAAUAUUAAGAUUUUUCAUAAUUACAAAAAAAUAAAUCUUAUGAAUCUCUGGCCUUCAUCAGACCAACAUUAUAAAUGUACUUUUAAUCAAUUUCAAAUAAAAAUAAUGACUAGAAUGUCAUAACACAUAGCAUCUCAGGUUUCCUGA